GAUUCAGACCGGAAGUCCUAUUGUUGUCGUUGCCGCUCUAGCGCGAGUGAGGGAAGUUAGGUCGCCAGCGCGAGCGUGAGGAAGGCAACUAAAGUUAAAGAAAAGAAAGAUUGAGUCAGUAUUUAAAAAGAAUAAAGACAGGUUUGUUUGAAGUUGUCCGCAGCCGUUGGGGAUGUCAACUUCUUUGUAUGGAAGCAGGAGUCAUGACGGGUCAACGAACGUGUCAAACAGCGACUCAGAGGACGAGCCGAAGCUCCCUCUCAAUCAGUUCUACCCGUACAUCCGCUGCGCCCUCUGCUGCGGCUUCCUCAUCGAUGCCACCACCAUCACAGAGUGCCUGCACACGUUUUGCAAAAGCUGCAUCGUGAAGCACUUUUUCCACAGCAACAGGUGUCCCACGUGCAGCAUCGUAGUCCACCAGACACAGCCACUUUACAACAUCAGGCCUGACCGACAGCUGCAGGAUAUUGUUUACAAAAUGGUUCCCUUCCUCGAGGAGUUAGAAAGAGUACAGAUGACAACCUUCUAUAAAGACAGAGGGCUGGAGGUGCCAAAAGCAGUGGGUGUCUCUCCUCAAGGUCCUGCUGUAUUAAGGAGGCAGAAGAAAGACCUCCCACAGUCUGUGUUCACCAUCCCUCCUGAGCUGGAUGUGUCUCUGGUGCUGGAGUUUGUUGGGGCUGAAGAGGGCAUCAAUAACUAUAAGCCGUUAGAGAGGCGGUAUGUUCGUGUGUCGGGUGAGGCCACCGUCCGCCACGUGGAGCUAUUCAUCAGGAGGAAGAUGGAGCUGAGCCCAAGCUGCCAGGUGGAUAUGGCUUGUGGAGAUCACCUCCUAGAUCACUACCAGUCACUCAAAGACAUACAGAAUUCUGUGGGCAAAGAGGCACUACAGGAUGGUCUGUUGGUGCUGCACUUUGGCUUGGUGCUGCCCUCCCAGUGAGCAGACAAGGGGGAUGAAUUUAAUUCCUGAGUGGAUGAACUGACCUAUUGGAAUUUCUCUUCAACAUCUCUCAUCAUAAUCCUCAGCAGGAUGAGAAAAUGCAAGAACUCUAAACUUAAAUUUUUUUGUUGAAAAUUUGGACUGAAAAGCUGUAAAUCUGAACCUCUACCCCACACUGUAGUAUCAAGUGUUCAACUCCAGAGACUUCUGUUGUAUUUAGGACAGCCCAUGUGUCUGCUGUUUAAUAUGCUGGACACAGGUGACAUACAUUUGGUUUACUGAAGUGCCAGUGUGUAAAUAUGUCACCUCAUCAAUUGAAACUAAAAUACCUGUUCCUACUGCCAAGGUAUAUUUUUAGGUUUUGUUCAGUGUCCUUCCACUUUACACAAGAAUGUAGCUUCUGCUAUAGCUAAAACUGGACUGAACUACUGUUCGUGGAUCACACAUCACUGUGAAGGCAUUUUCUAUCUUCUUUUUUUCUAUUUAUGACUUUAAAUAUAACAUCAAAUAUGUGUGAUUCAAAGGGCUUGAAACUAAAGGGCUACCACUACCAAAGCUUUGUGUGCGUGUUUAUAUAGAGCUUAGCUCUACUCUAUUUUUUAUCCAUGGCUUUCUUCGUGUUGAUUUAUACAUUUAAUUUAUGAGCUUUUGUACAGACUGUCUGCUGAUGAUUAAACCUGAUUCACCAGAGCAUCAAAGCAGUUGUGUAAAGGGAGUUUGUAUAAAGAAUUCUUUUAUAGGGUUUUUUUUUUUAAAUGUUCCUACUUGCUUUUGUCAGAAUUAAUUAAUAAAUGACUGCACAACUAA